AGAAUCAUCAAACAAGCUCUAAAACAAGCUAUAACUAUAUAAUAACAGGGAUACAAACAGGCAGAUACAUUUAACUUUAAAUUUCUCAGAAAAAACCCUCCCCCUGUUUCCUCAAACUCAAACACACAGCAGUAAAAGUGAAAGAAGAACGAGCACUCGACGGGAACAGGAGCUGAGUUGUACACACAUAACGGGAAGAAGAGAAACAAACACAGACCCCAAAUUUCAUUCUUACCUUCACACAAGGUUCAAACAUGGGAUCAUCUCCAUCCAGACCUGAAUUUGACACAGUUCUGGCUAAUAGACAAGUUUCAGAAGGACAAAAUGUUGUUCUUUCCUGUGAUGCAAGCACAGAAGAUGUAACAAAAUCAUGGGAAAAGAAUGGCAAAAAAUUGGAUUGUGUGCAGGGCAAGCAUGUUGUGAAAAACGUUGGUAAAAGGUGCAUCUUGGAAAUUUCAAAGGCUGAGACAAGUGAUGAAGGGGAAUAUACCAUAACCUUGACCAACAAAUCAGGUUCCAUCUCAUGCUCUGCCUCUGUCAGAGUCGAAAUAAAUGAAUGGAGGAAAGUGCAAUGGAGAGAAACAGUUAUGUUGGAUUCCCUCAAGGCAUUUCAAAUUUGUAAUGAAGUCCAAGAGCUCCGCUUCCUAUUUUAUGGACCAGUUGGAGCAGGAAGUUCCAGCAUCAUAAACACCAUCAGAUCCAUUUUUGAAGGACGUCAGUCUGUCAGCUGUCUGGAUGCUGCAGGAUUUACUAAGAGUUACACUCUAUAUUAUGAACGAUUUAGAUUUGCAAAUGAAAAUGGAUCAUUUCCUUUUGCCUUCCAUGAUGUAAUGGGUACAGAAGCAGAAUUUGGGGUCCUCACUGAAGAUAUCAUCCUUGCUUUAAAAGGGCAUAUGAAAGAGGGUUACCUGUUUAACAUAAAAACUCCACUGUCUGAAUGCAACCGUUAUUACAACCAAAAUCCCAGCUUGAGUGAUCAGAUGCACUGCCUGGUGUUUGUCGCACCAGCUGACAAGAUUUCGAUGAUGAACAGAGAUCUUAUUGGAAAACUGAAGCAUGUCAGAGAUGCAGCAAGCAGAAUGGGAAUCCCUCAAGUGGUUUUCAUGACAAGAGUUGACUGUGCAUGUCCAAUGACAAAGGAGAAUUUGAGAAACAUCUACAAAAGCAGAAAGAUCAGAGAAAAAAUGCAUGAAUGCAGUAAUGUACUGGGUGUGCCUGUGAAUUGUAUCUUCCCUGUCUCGAACUAUCAUGAGCAGACCCAUAUGCAUAAGGAUAUAAACUGCCUGAUGCUGGAUGCCUUAACACAGAUUAUCAACUGGGCAAAUGAUUAUGUGGUCAGAAGGGCCAACAUCUAAAGUUCACAUCAACAACCAAUAUGUGAAUCAAGAAAUUUUAUGCAAAAUAUGAAAGCCUGCAAUGAUUUGGUGACUUGUUCAGGGUGUACCCUGCCUCUUGCCCAUAGUUAUCUGGGAUAGACUCCAGCUUGCCCAUGACCCUGCACAGGAAAAAUGGUUACGGAUAAUGGAUGGAUGGGAUGGAAUAUGAAAAGCAUAAUGACAAUUCACCCAGUCCUUAGUCCAAAUUAAUCAGUUGAUGCAAUGCAUUUUAAAACAUGAAACUUGUUUAUACAUGAACAGUAUAUUCAUGAUACGAUCCAGGUUUUGAACAGGGCUUUAAUGAUACAAAUAUACAAUUAACAUGUAUCCUUUGUAUAUAGAUCCAAAAACCCUAGCCUGAAUAUUGAAAGUUACACUGCACUUCAUCAUGCUUCUUUAGUGGAUGAAAGGUUUUGAAUUUUUACAUGAUCAUUAUGGAAUUGAGUGCACCAGUAGCGCAGAUUAAACAAUUUACAAUUCUGGUUAAUGGGAACAUUUCAUAUGCAACUGUAAUAGAAUUCUACAUAUUGCUUGAAUUACUACAUGCUUAAGAUAUUUUAUGCUUAGCUCAUUUCACCUUUAACAUAUUAGGUUUCAUGAUAGUUAUAUUAAUCAUGCUUUUGUUUUUAAAAAUCUGAUGUAUUAUACAAAUUAAUGGUUAAAUAUACCUAUAAAUGGGAAGCACGGUGGUGUAGUGGUUAGCACUGUUGCCUCACAGCAAGAAUGUCCUGGGUUCGAGUCCAGUGGCUGGCAAGGGCCUUGCUGUGUGGAGUUUGCAUGUUCUCCGUGUCUGCAUGGGUUUCCUCCAGGUGCUCCGGUUUCCUCCACAGUCCAAAGACAUGCAGGUUAGAUUAAUUGGUGGCUCUAAACUGACCGUAGGUGUGAAUGUGGUUGUUUGUCUAUGUGUCAGCCCUGUGUUGACCUGGUGACUUGUCCAGGGUGUACCCCACCUCUCACCCAUAGUCAACUGGGAGAGGCUCCAGCUUGCCUGCGACCCUGUAGAACACGAUAAGUGGCUACAGAUAAUGGAUGUAUGGAUGGAUAAACCUAUAAAAUGCCCCUGUGUUUGAGUUCACACUCUUUUUAUAAAUACAUUUUAAAUUAUUAUAUUUAUAUUAAAUAAUUAACCUGGAAAAGACAUUUUAAAAAUGAGUAGCUUAGACAACACAGUGAAAUGGACAGAUCAAGCACAUUUCUUGCUCCACGUACUACAGCAAAUGUACACAUUUAUGGCCCUCACAGGCAAUUUGAGAAUGUGACUGAAGUUAAAUUGUUUAUCAAAAUUCAGCAACACUCACAAUUAAUUGCAAUACAUAAAAGAAUACUUUGA